GCUGUGUCAGCCGCAGUUAGUAAUUGAACGUUUUAUUACAGUAGAAUUACAAUAGAAGUGAUGGUUAUAUGUACGAUUUUUUUUUGACAAAGUAUUAAAAUUGCGUGAGAGUUAAAAUGCCUACCGAAUAUAAACGCAAAGGUAGUGUUUGUCGUGGGGAAUGGUUAGAACAACAAGCUAUAGAGGCUGUACAAGAAGGUAGAGUAGAUGUUCGAGAAGCCGUUCGUUCCUUUGGUGUGCCAUACACAACACUUCCACGACGCUUGAGAAGUGGCAAUCAUAGAAAGCUUCCGUUGGGACCAUUAUCUACUUUAGGACAAGAAAACGAAGUUAAAUUGGUCAAUCAUAUUAAAAAACUUCAAAAGUUUGGAUUUUCGCCAUCACGAACAACUGUACGCUCUAUGGCAUUUGAAUUAGCCCAGAAAUUAAAUCUCCCACAUAAAUUCAAUAUUGAAAGACGUAUGGCAGGAUAUCCAUGGCUCGAGUCAUUUUUAAGGCGCAAUAAGGAUCUAGCAGUGAGAAAAUCCGAAGCAAGAAUCUACAAUGUACGUAGAUGAGACAGGUCUACAAAUGAACAACAAACCAGGCUUUGUUAUUGCUCAGAGAGGUUCAAAAAACGUAUCGGCAGUGACAUCAGUAGAAAAAGGCGAAACAAUCUCCGUAAUAACAUCUUGCAAUGCGGAGGGGUCAUUUAUACCACCAACAUGCAUCUUUAAGGGUAAGAAUCAGAAACCAGAGUUUGCCGAUGGUAUGCCAC